AUUUCCCUCACAAUCUGCGGCAGAUCAAGAGUGCAGUGCCGGUGUAUAGUUACAGUUGAUAUUUUGUGUUGUGUUGUUAAUUUAAAAUGAUCGCUCUUAAAGAUUUACCCAUAAUGCAAAUCCUCCUAAUCUUUUUAAUUGACUUGGUCACUUCUUACCCUAGUAACAUAUAUGGUACUAAACGGUACGGAAGGUACCGCUCUACUGUUGAUCCUAUUGAUCCAUAUGAGACUACUUACGUCCGUACCCAGAGGUACCCUUACACCUAUUAUCCAAAUUACGCACAAGCAUACCCAGACGACUACUACUACACUCCAGACGCUUACCCAAUCUAUUAUAUAUAUCCUCGAACAUCCAAUUAUGAUCUUUAUCAAGCUGGUUUGCCGUAUUACUAUCAAGAAAUGCAACCAGCGAGAAGCAAGUACGACUAUUACAAUUACGUGGAUCCGACGAUAAAUGAUCAGGAAAGAAUCGUACAGGAUAUGGAGAGAGAGCAAAGAGAAAGAUCCCAACCGAUUGGACAUGAGAUUCGAUACGAGAAUGACUAUAAUUUAGAGGGUGACUCUAACGUAGACGAAACUAAUGCUGCAUUUUUAAAUAACCUUAUGAUGCAACAAAUGUUCCAAGGAACAGAUAAACCCUCCAAAGAAAAGGGUCCAUAUUACGAUCAAUAUCCCUACGAUUACGCAGUAGAUGAAACCUCCGAUGUUAUUACAAUUCCAUCCAAAUGGGAUGACGUCCCAUACGACAGGCCGGUCAACGUUGAAGACGAAGACGUUAAGGAGCUGAAAGAACUUCCCAAGAAACAGAAACAAAGGAAAAAUCGGGAUAGAAAACAGCGCAGACAGAGAGUCAAACCUAACAACGGCUUGGUGAAAAGAAGUCAGGAUGACGUAGUAGUCUACACAGACCGUAAGCCAGUAAUUAAAGAUGUAUUAAUCACCGAACCUCCAGUACCAUCCACUGAAGGACCUCGAAGGGACGUGAGAGGACAGAAAGAAGAGGUGCUGAUGAGACCGGCAACACCAGUACGUCAUCCGUUUUCAGAAUCCGUAUUGGGUAUGAUCAAUCAGCAAGAAGAGAGAAAAAGGUCACCGUCAGUAUAUGAUACCAUCAGAAAAAUGCUAGAGAUGGAAAAGAAAUACGAAGAUGAACAUCCUGACGAGGAACUUCAGGAACCAAUGAAAAAGCGCAUCGUUUCGAGCGAGGACAGCUUGACCAGACAAUUAUCCGUUUUGAAAAAAGCACAGUAAACAUGCCAAAUUCUUUCAAAAUUCUUUAAAAUUUAUACUGUACAAAUAGAUAGGUAUAUUAUAAAAUUAGAGCGAUGUUUACACUUGCAGAAUUUGGAAACUUCUAUAUAUUACUAAAUAUACACAAAUUUAACGCUCUAUUUUACUAAUCAGAACGAGUUUCCAAAAAUUGUAACAGAAAACAUACGAGUGAAUUGACUUAGAUGGUUCAAAGACUGACAGAAAUGAGUAUUAUUAAUUUCUAAAUUAGACAAAGAACUUUUGCCGUUCUUCUCUGCUUUUAACAGAUCCUUCCAUUUUAGGUAGAAACGAUUGUACAUAAUUAGAAUAGAAAGCACUUUAUAGAUUUAAAUACAAAUCAUCAAUAGCAUAAUUUGACAUGUUACAAUUUUAUCAAAUAAGAUACUAUUAAAGUAAAUAGAGUUAGUAUACUAGAUAAUGUCUAUUUAAAUGCAAAGUACCUAGAAUGUGCUAAGAUAGUUUUCUUGUUUAUGAUGUCACAGGGUAUUUGGGAAUGAAUGGACGUGUUAUGCAAUUUUAUUUUUAUAUGACGUGGAUUAGAGAAUCAAAAUCUUACCAAGAGCUUUGUAUUUAACAAAUGAAGAUAAGCUUUAUUGAGCUCUCGAAAAUUGCAGAUUUAACCUGUGAUAUAGAGAAAAAUGGACUGUGCUUGUUAGUAUACAUAUUGGAAGUUUAACUAACUAGUUGAAACAUAUUAAUAGAAAUGUAUAAUGUAAUUUAAAGGAACCACAUCUUAAUUCAAAUUUAAUUGUAAAAUUACAGUGAUUCAGUGUUACGAAAUAAGAUAUUUAUUUUCUUUAUUAUCAUUGCAAAACUAUUUAAACUAAAUUUCUUUAUAUUUUUACAUACCUAUAUCUUACAAUCAAAAUAAUGGACGGUUGGCUUAAAAAUAAACUAUACUUCCAUUUUAUGUGUAAAAUUACAACGUGGAUGGCAUCGAUCGUUAUUUCCAAACCAACUUAAGCCUUUUUAUAUAUACAGGGUGUCAGAAAUAAGUGCAAGC